AUGCACAGAGCGAGACUUUCGAGUCAUCGAACUAGUGGUGCUGACAAUAAGCUUGGUGCUGCUGCGGUCGUGGUAGGUGGACAUAUGGCUUAUAAGUAUUAUAAAAAUUCACUAAAUGCAGAUUUUUGUAUUCGGUGGGCGAAUCGACAGCCUAUUCCAAACGCAUCUACAUAUAAUAUACCUCCAUGUCCGUGUGAAGUUAAACCGAGUUUCGAUAAAGAGUUCACAGAAUUCGGUGUUACAUUUAAGCAGGAUAAUGCAUGUAAUCCGAAAUCGGCACCAGACUGCACAUAUCACAAAGGCGCUAAAGGCUGUUAUCGUGCUGGUUACGAGUCCUCUGGUCCUGGAGCACAAUGUUGCUGUCGAGAUAAUGGUCAAUGGGAAGAUAAUCCCCUCAAUGGUGCCUAA